CUAUUUCGACUAAAUAUUCUCUUAUAACUGCCCCGCAAUAAUCGUUAGCCAUAUAGUUAUGAUACUUACCUUAACCAUUAGCAUAGAUUUCGGAGUAUAUCCUACUAAUACAACUUACCAAAAAAAAAAUCCACAUAAAAUCUCUCAUUCAUUUCGAUUACACUAUCAAGUAGAUGUCAACUGCCUCUAACAAAAAAGAUAUGAUCCUUAUUUUCUCACAGUAUAUGCUAUAACUCCAACUUCCCAAAACAAAAAAUCCACAUAAUAUCUCUCAUUCAUUUCGAUUACACUAUCAAUUAUUACUCAGACGAUUUGGUAUCUCAAGUAUAUGUCAACUGUCCCUAACCAAAAAGAUAUGAUCCUUAUUUGCUCACAGUAUAUGCCAAUCAGAAUAUUUUUUCUGAUAUUCAAACCGUGGUAAUCAAGAUAUGCGUGGAUUCUAUCACAAAUCCUUAAUUCCCUACCAAGUCACUAUAUAUAUUGAAACAUUUCUAUGCUAUUCUUCACGCUUCACAAUAGAAACACUAACACAGCUAAAUACAUACCAGAUAAUUGAAAUGGCUGCCUCUUUUGCUUUCUUGAGAGACAUCAGGCCUUACAAGACCUCCUGGCGUGUGCAAGUUAAGGUGCUUCACUCAUGGCGCCAGUAUACUAACCUCACAGGAGAAACACUAGAGUUAGUAGUGGCUGAUGCACAGGGUAUGAAGAUUCAUGCAUCUAUCAAGAAGGACUUAGUUAGCAAGUAUGUGAACCAUCUGCCUGUUAAUGAGUGGAGGUUUAUUGAGACCUUUGCUCUUAAUCAUGCAUCUGGUCAAUUCCGACCAACUGGACAUCUCUAUAAGAUGUCCUUUGUCACUGGGACAACUGUCCUGCGAUGUGAUCCAGUCUCUGACUCCAGCUACCUGUCCUUGGCUACUUUCCCAAACAUUCUGAAUGGGGACUUAAAUCCUUACAUGUUGAUUGAUGUUAUGGGACAGGUUGUUAACAUCGGUGAGUUGGAAACUCUGGAAGCUAAUAACAAGCCAACUACUAAGUUGGACUUUGAAUUGCGUGAUGAAAAUGAUGAGCGACUGUCCUGUACCCUGUGGGGAUCAUUCGCUCAGCAAGUGUUUAAUGCCUGCGAUGCUGCUGAUGGAGCCAGAGUCAUCUGUCUUAUCAGAUUUGCCAAGAUUAAGGCAUACAAAGGAGUGAGAAGUAUAUCUAACUCUUUUGAUGCUACUCAAGUUCUCAUCAAUCCACCUAUCCCAGAGGUUGCAGCUUUUCUAACAGCUUUACCUGCUGACGGUCUUGCCCUUACAUUCCGUGAGAGUGUGCCCAAGUUUCAAAUGGUGACAGUGGCAAAGGAUGAUUCCUAUCUCCAGUAUGAGAGGAAGACAAUUUCAGAGCUAUUGAGUUCUAUGGAGAUUGGUAAAGUUAGGGUUGUUUGUACAAUCUAUGGAAUUGACACUGACUGGGCAUGGUAUUACUUUAGUUGCCGUAAUUGCAACAAAAAGGUAACACACAUACAUUCUGGUAUUAAUUCCGGUUCAUUGAAGAAGCCAAAACCUAGAUUCUGGUGUGAUGUCUGCAAGAAUGCUGUCACAAAUGUUGUUGCAAAGUACAUGCUUUAUGCUAAAGUGAUGGACAACACAAGUGAAACAAAAUGCCUUCUGUUUGAUAGUAUAUGUGCAGACAUUGUUGGUGAAUCUGCAGCAACUGUGUUAGGUGGAUCGUUUAAUGAGGUAACUAUUUGAAUCUGUUGACAUGAGAUUAGGCUUGAACACCACCUGUUUCUAAUGUUUUAAAAAUAUUCUAUUUAACACUACUAGAUUGAGGAUCCAGAAGACCUGCCAGAUGUGGUUCAGAAUUUGAAAGGGAAGACUUUCCUUUUUCUUCUCUGUGUUGAGAAAGAAAACAUUUGGGAUGGGAAAGAUUGUUACAAAGUUUCCAGGGUGCUGUCUAAACACGGUCUCUUAGGAGAUGAGGCCCCAGAAGAUUCAGAUCAGUUGGUCAAUCCUGCAUCAAUUGUUUCUGGAGACCAGCCACUGUUGUUGACAAUGAGUCAGG